CUGUUGUUGUUUGGUUCCAGCUCCAUAGCAACCGGAUCAAAGGGGCCGACAAGUUCCAGAUUUCAGAACCUUCUUCACCGGAGCAGAAAAUGAUCCGAACCGGAAGCAGAACCCCGGGAAACGACAAAUAAAAUGCCCGCGGCAAAGGUUCUGGAACCGGAACCGGCUCAGGGUCCGAGGAAAGCCCCGGAGAGGGUCCGGACACAGAGGACCGGACCCGAGAGACACAAACCGGAGCGAACCGGACCAGCAAGAGCCAGACCGGAGCGGACCAGACCUGAAAGAGCCGGACCGGAGAGAACAAGACCGGAGCGGACCGGAGCGGGAAGAGGCAGACCGGAGCGGACCAGUAGGGAGAGAGCCAGACCGGAGCGACCCGGACCAGAAAGAGCCAGACCGGAGCGAACCGGACCGGAGAGAGCCAGACCGGAGCGGGUCAACGGGGACGCGCAGCUCAGAGUCCCCGCUGUGCGUAACGGACGCACGAGGAGCUGUCCCCGGGAUCAGGACCGGGACCUGGACCUGGGCCAGGGCCGCGCCGCCUCCUCCCGCAGGGACCGGGAGGUACCGGGACCGACCAGGAGGACCCGGUCCUCCUCCGCCGUAGCUUCCAGACCCCCCGGGAAGAGAACCGGACCCGAACCGGCGCAGAGGGAGCUGCGGAGGGGGGUCAGGACGGAGGACAGUCACAAAGCGUUCACCGUCUUUCCUCCGAACCCAAAGAAGAGGAGAGACAUCCAGAGGAAGGCGGAGGCGGAGCUCGCAGCGCUGGAGGACCUGCGGCUGAGCAGAGCCUUGUCCUACGUGUCCAUCAGCCCCAGCAGCGUCGGCGGCUGCCUGACCCUGCAGCAGGUGCGGCUGCGGCAGCAGCAGGAGAUGCUGCAGGCCCGGAGGACGCUGAACCCGGUAAAGAAGCAGCUGCUGAUGGUGAGCAGCUGAGGCUCCAGAGGGUCUCGCUCCGUCCAGGCCAGUUCCUGGACCACUGGGAUCCACUGGAUUCCAAACGAAGUCCUGCUGGAGGAGAAGCAGCGCCGGACUGCUGCACCUCCUCCUCCACCUUCAUCAUCCUCCACCCUCACCAUCCUCCUCCUCCUCCUCCACCAGCAGCAGCUCCAUCACCUCCUCCUGUAGUUCUCAUGUUGGUCCACUAGCUGCUAGCUGUUGUGUGUGGUUCUGUCCUGGUUCUGGUCUUCAGGUCUUGAUGGUUCCUGAUGUUCUGGUUUGGUUCUAACAGAGACAAUAAAAGUGGUU